AUGGCUGCGCCCAAUGCCGCCGCCACGGUCACCGGCCCUGCCCAGUCAGAUGAGGACCGCUACUUUAGCACCAACCCGCCGCCCAAGGAUCUGGAGCAGCAUAUGGCAAUGGUUGAGGCCUUUGUUGACAGGCACGCAAAGGCAAACCGUCGUAUCGUCCUUGUGACCUCCGGGGGCACAACUGUUCCUCUAGAGAAGCAGACGGUCCGCUUCAUUGACAAUUUCUCCGCCGGUACACGCGGAUCAACAAGCGCCGAGUACUUUUUGGACGACAAGGCCGAUUAUGCCGUAAUCUUCUUGCACCGGCAAUUCAGUUUGCAGCCUUAUAGCCGCCACUACUCGCAUGCUACCCACAGCUUCUUGGAUUUCUUGACAGAAGAUGAGAACGGCCAUGGCGUUCGGUCUCGCGACGAGGACGCCGACUCCAUGUUGGGUGUUUGGCGCCGGUACCGUGCUGCCAAAGACCGUCUUUUGGCACUGUCUUUUGUGACCAUAACCGAUUACAUGUAUGAGCUGCGGGCGAUUAGUCGCAUCAUGCACCGUCUCGGUCCCAAUGGGUUGCUAUAUCUAGCAGCUGCCGUAUCGGACUUUUUCCUCCCACCUGACCGUAUGGCGGAGCACAAAAUUCAGAGCACCGAUAUCAAUACGGACAAGUCAGGAGGCAAGCCGCUAGGCAGCUUCGCCGUGGACGAGGACGAAGAAACAUUCGACAACUUCGACUCAUCCCCCAAGGUGCCUCGUAGCAAGAGUCUGGUUAUUGACCUGGAUCCAGUGCCCAAGUUUUUAAAGAGCUUGGUCGACAACUGGUCUCCCGAGAGCAUGAUGAUCUCCUUUAAGCUCGAGACAGACCCGGAGCUGUUAAUCGGAAAGGCCAAGGGCGCCCUCGAACGCUACCAGCACCACCUUGUAAUUGGUAACAUCCUGAACACCCGCAAACAAGAAGUAGUCUUUGUGACCCCACAACACGUGGAUUGGGUGCGCUUGUCAGAGGCCGAGGCGGCGGCCAAUGCCGAGAUCGAGACAUUGAUUGUCCCGCGUGUCAUUAGCCUCCAUGAGGAGCACAUACGGCACAACAAAGGCCGCACGGCGGCGCAGUAG